GAUCAAAAAUAUAAUCUAUAUUUUAGAUAGUCUGGCAACAAUGCAAGAGAUCUGGCAGCCACCACAUUGAGCUACAUAACCACACUUUUUACGUGCAUCAAAACUUGAUGCCGGUUGUGGUAUAAAAAAAUGGCGUUAUGUUGUGCUAUUUCAAAUGAAGUACCGGAGCAUCCAGUGAUAUCACCCUCCUCGGGUGCUAUUUUUGAAAGGAGAAUAAUAGAAAAAUACAUAAUAGAAAAUGGUAUAGAUCCUAUAAGUGGCAAAGAGUUGACUGUUGAGGAGUUAAUUGAAAUUAAAACACCUCCAAUUGUAAAACCGAAACCACCAAGUGCCACCAGCAUUCCGGCUACGUUAAAGUUGCUACAAGAUGAGUGGGACGCGGUCAUGCUGUACAGUUUCACACAACGUCAGCAGUUGCAAACGGCACGACAAGAGUUGAGCCACGCGCUUUACCAACACGACGCCGCAUGUCGUGUGAUAGCGCGUCUCAAUAAGGAGGUGACGGCUGCGAGAGAGGCCUUGGCCACGCUCAAACCACAGGCCGGAAUUACGACAGUGCCGCAACCGGCACUUGCGGCCGAAGCUGCGGGUAUCGCGAAUCAGCCAACCGAACAGGCGGGCAUGAGUGCGGAGGUUAUACAAAAACUGCAAGAGAAGGCCACAGUAUUGACGCUCGAACGAAAGAAGCGUGGUCGUACAGUACCUGAGGAGUUGGUGUCGCAGGACGACUUACGUGCAUUCCGAACAUUGGCAUCCCAUCCGGGUUUACAUUCGGCGAGUGUUCCCGGUAUAUUGGCACUCGACAUUCACGCUUCAGAUACAAGCAAAAUAUUAACAGGUGGUAACGACCGUAACGCCACUGUUUUCAAUAAAGACACAGAGCAGGUGGUGGCAAUUCUAAAAGGCCAUACAAAAAAAGUAACUCGAGUAAUUUACCAUCCCGACGAAGAUUUGGUCAUCACAGCCUCGCCAGAUUCGACGAUACGCAUCUGGAACGUUCCCACUUCGCAGACAACGUUGCUGCUACGUGCUCACGACGCCGCGGUUACUGGACUUUCGCUACAUCCGACCGGCGACUAUGUCCUAUCGACUUCCGAGGAUCAACAUUGGGCAUUUUCGGAUAUACGCACGGGCCGUCUAUUAACAAAGGUUGCCGAUCAGGCGAAUGUCGCCCUGACCACCGCCCAGUUUCAUCCUGACGGUCUAAUUUUCGGGACUGGUACGGCGAAUUCUGAAAUUAAAAUUUGGGAUCUCAAGGAGCAGGCGAACGUUGCUAACUUUACGGGACAUUCGGGGGCGAUCACUUCCAUUUCGUUCUCUGAAAACGGUUAUUACUUAGCAACGGCCGCGGACGACGCUUGCGUUAAAUUGUGGGAUUUGCGCAAGCUGAAGAAUUUCAGAACUUUGCAGUUGGACGAGGGGUACCAAAUUAAAGAUUUGUGCUUCGAUCAGAGUGGUACCUAUUUAGCUAUAGCGGGUACCGAUGUCAGGAUUUACCUCUGCAAGCAAUGGCAAGAGUUGAAAGUUUUCAAUGACCAUACAGCAGCAGCGACUGGUGUCAGGUUUGGACGUCAUGCGCAUUACAUCGCAUCCACUUCAAUGGAUAGAACGUUAAAAUUAUAUGGUUUAGAGUAAAUAGAGACAAAUUUGUAAUUAUUUCUUUUUUUUAAGCUUUUCAAGUGUUCAAGUUUCCCACAACUUCUUCUAAGAUGUGUUCACUGACAUUGUGAUUUACCCACAAUUUAGGGCUAACAUGUUUAAAAUUUGUGAUUGAGACAGAAUAAAAUAAAAUUCCCAUU